UGUCUGUAAUGCUCAGGCGAUUUCUCUUCAACAUCUUCAAGCAAGUUACCGAACAUACUCUAAAAACUUCACUAUGGUUGAGUGGACAGAUGCCGAGCGCACCGCCAUCAGUGGCCUGUGGGGAAAGCUUAGUGUCGAUGAAAUCGGACCUCAGGCUCUGUCCAGACUUCUGAUCGUGUAUCCAUGGACCCAGAGGCACUUCGCCGCCUUUGGUAACCUGUCCAGCGCCGCUGCCAUCCAGGGCAAUGCCAAAGUGGCUCAUCACGGCAAGGUGGUCAUGGGUGGGCUCGAGAGAGCCAUCAAGAACAUGGACAACAUCAAGGCUGCCUACGCUAGUCUGAGUGUGAUGCACUCUGAGAAAAUCCACGUGGAUCCCGACAACUUCAGACUUCUAAGUGACUGCAUCACCGUUUGCGUGGCCAUGAAGUUCGGACAAUCCGUCUUCACCCCUGAUGUUCAGGAGGCUUGGCAGAAGUUCCUGGCUGUGGUCGUGUCCGCUCUCGGAAAGCAGUACCACUAAAGCCAAUCUCAAUUAUUGGGAAAACAGCUUGACACCAAUUCAGUGCACGAAGCUGUUGACUAAAAAAAUACUCAGAUGAAAUAAUAAUAAAACAACUUUAAAUGCA